UGUCACCCGGAAGUACUUUACCUGCUGUUUUUGUUUGGAGCUGACCGCGGCGCGCGGACGCUACAGCGUCACCGUGCGUCUGUGGGCGGCAGGAUGAGUUUACGGAGGCAAGCAUGAGUACUGCAGCUAAAGUCAUGUCGAAGUUCCGUCUGGCUGUGGUCCAGCUGCAGGUGACCCGCGUCAAGGCGGACAACCUGAGUCGGGCCCGGAGGCUGGUGAAGGAGGCGGCGGACGAGGGUAGCAAGGUGGUGCUGCUGCCGAAAUGGUCCACAGAAGCUCAGUCCCAUCUGGGGUCUUCUCACCUGCCUCUGAAUCAGGAAUGCUUCAACUCUCCGUAUGGGACCAGCUUCUUCCCCACAUAUGCGGAGAGAAUCCCAGGAGAAUCCACCCAGAUGCUGUCGGAGGCAGCAAAGGAGAGUGGCGUGUACCUAGUGGGAGGAUCCAUUCCUGAGGAGGAUGGUGGGAAGCUGUAUAACAGCUGUGUCGUGUUCGGCCCCGAUGGAGGAAUGAUUCUCAAACACAGGAAGAUUCACCUGUUUGACAUCAACAUUCCAGGAAAAAUCUGCUUCCAGGAAUCUGAGACGCUUAGUCCUGGCAACAGUCUGUCCAUGUUUGACACACCAUACUGUAAAGUGGGUGUGGGGAUCUGCUACGACAUGAGGUUUGCAGAGCUCGCUCAGCUCUACAGCCGGAGCGGCUGCCAGCUGCUGGUUUAUCCCGGAGCCUUCAACAUGACGACGGGUCCGGCCCACUGGGAGCUCCUGCAGAGGGCCAGAGCUCUUGAUAACCAGGUGUUUGUGGCCACAGCCUCACCUGCCAGAGAUGAAACUGCGUCCUACGUGGCCUGGGGUCACAGCACCGUAGUUAACCCUUGGGGAGAGGUGAUCUCCAAGGCUGGAGCUGAAGAAACAAUCAUCUUUGCUAACAUCGACCUGCAACAUUUGGCCGAUGUGCGGCAGCAGAUCCCGAUCACGUCCCAGCGCCGGAGCGACCUCUACAGCGUGGCGUCGGUGCAGGCCGGAUCUGGCUGAACGCUUCAGCUCAUUUCAUGUUCCUCAAAUAAAUAAAUCAGAGUUUAAUGAUCAUUUUAAUUCUCAUCCAGGAGGUUUGGGAUUGAGUUAAUCGUUGACAUGUUUGCUUUAGUGUUGAUGGUGUGAUCUCAUCUGAUGAUUGACCUGAUGCGUUAUCAGAAGAGAAGCAGUGGUUGGAGGAGUUUUAGCACCAACCUCCACCAGGGAGUUCCCAUCAUGCAUUGCAGCGAUGUAUCUCUCUCCUCUGUAAUCUUUAGUCUUGUUAGCGGUUGAGUUUAUGGUUGCAUCAGACUGUUCAGCUGCAGUUUACCCAGUCUGGACUUCAACAUUUGGUGCUAAUUUAGAUUAUUACUCCUGUCAGGAGCUUUGACUCACCUGGCUGUCCACCGAUGGAGGACAGCCCCCCACCGAGACCGUAUAACACCAGACAGCAGACCUGCACUGCAGUCGGUUGUUUUAAGUGUCACACAAAAACAGUCUCAGACCAUCAAAUCAAACAUACUUUAAACAUCUUGUUUAUGAACUGUUGGAAAACCGAUUCUUGCAGCUUUUAUAAUCUCAGAAAUACAGUAAAAAUGCAGCUUUGUGGA